AUGUCGUCCAUCAUCGAGAAAAUCAAGAGCUACGACCUUCCGCCCGAGCUUCGCGAGGCGAUCAACAAGCGAAACGACCUGCUCCUUGCAAAGCUCUCCUCCGCCGCGGACCAGCUCAAGGCCGUCGGUGGCAACCGCCGCAAGCUGACACUGGAGUACCAGGAAUUGGAGCGCUCCAACGAGGGCGAGCUGGCAUCGCUGCCGUGGAAGUCCGUCGAGGAGGCGCGCACCGCCGGAAAGCCCUUUGAGAUGACGCUGCACGACCCUCUCACGCUGCUCAAGGGGAAGACGUUCCUCGGCGGUCUGCUUGAGCUGCUCGGCGACAAGGGAUCGAGCGAUCUGCGCGUCGUUUGGGCCUCGGCCGACCUCGACAACUUCAAGACGGUCAACGACCGCUGGUCGCACGCGCACGGCGAUUUCGCCAUCAUCGUCGCGUGCCGCGCUAUUCAGCGCGCAGUUGACGAGUGGAACCGCAAGAACGGAGCGCUCGGCCACGCAGUGGCGAUGCGCUUCGGUGGCGACGAGAUCGUGUUGGCCAUCGUGCUCAAAGGCGACCAGGCGCAGGCGUGCGAUUCGCUGCUCGAUGACGUCCACUCGGCGACGUGCCGCAGCCUGCAGCAGCGCUUCGACUUUGCCGCACUCGACCCCAAGCCCAUCGACCGAAACGGCAAGCCGAUCGAAGCCAAGGGCCCUGCCAUCUCGAUCGGCGUCUCGUCUGCGCUGCCCUGCGGCGCUGGGUCGUCGACGCUGUACACGAAGGGCUUCAAGCGCGCCGACGACCUGCUCAACGAGUUCAAGGACAAGUGGAAGAGUGGCGGCACGCGCCUCGGUGCCAAGCCGACUGAGGGGCUAGAGAUCCUAGUGGCAAACCCCGGAAAGUGGGUCAAAAAUGACCACCCUCACGUGUAG